UCGUAUUUUGUCUUAAUAAAUUUAAUAAAAGUUCGUCUUUGUUUGGGAACCCCUGUUGUCAUUACCUUACGUCGAAAACCCGGUCUUAAGAAUAUUGGAGGUUAGAAUAACAGAUGGACCUAAAUGAGGCUCGCAAGGCCCUCGAAGCCUGUCUCAAUGAAGACCAGCGGAAGCAAUACUUUGACCUCCUCCGCCAGUGGUUCUCCUUCAAGUCCCCCAUAACUCGCACAGAGUUCGACACGGAAGUCCGCAAACUCCUCGUCAACGAAGACCAAAUCCGCUCUCACAACUACUUCCUCCUCGCCCUCCUGGCAAAACGCACCUCCAGUAGAACAAAAACCACCCGAAACACCUGCGACAAAGGCGUCUUCGAGUGCGCCGACUAUGUCGAUUACGUCCAGCCCUCGAGCCCCACGAUACUGUCCCCCGAAGAGUACGAAAACCGCAGCGCGGCGGCUGAAUUAUUCAUGCCCGAUUCUGGGUUUGUGUCCACCAGAAUUGCAGUGACAAGUUGGGAAAACGGCCUCGAUGGGGCCGAGGAGACCGUGACGGAGUUGAUAGUACACGCGUGUCAGGUUUUCGUUAAGAAUAUUCUGACAGCGAUGAUUUCCAGAAUGAAGGGGUAUAAAGUAAGGGAUGGGAAAUUUCAGUAUGGGUUUAAUUUACCAAUUCCUGAUCCUUUCAUCAGGAAUUUUCACAAUGUAAUUGAUGAAACUCAAGAGAGCAAGACUGAGGUUUUGGAUAAGGAGGAUACGUUCAUUCCGAGGUCUAAGCCGAGUUUGGAAGUUGCAGAACAGCAAGCCGCUUUUGCCUACUCGUGCGCCAAAAAAAGAAAGUGUGAUAAAACCUUAACCGUUAAGUUAUUAUACGAGACUUUGAAGGAAAACCCGCAAAUUCUGGGACUCCACGAGAUGCAAAGUGUUAAUUUAUUUAAAUUAAGUUUGCAAGUCGAUGAAUAAAUGUUACAAAAGUU